AUCAAAUUUUCCAGAAGAACCGUCAAGUUGUAACUGAGAAAACGACCAUAGAAAGAGAAACAAAUGAAAAAAAAAGAAACCUCAAUCUUAGGACCCCCCAAACCGCCCAACUGAAGUUUCCCGGGAAAACCCAUAACGAAAGUGUUUGUUGUGAGAGUUUUCCUAAAACCGCGGGGUCCUCAGAAUUUACCAUUUCUCAACGAAAACGAUUUUCCACCUUUGUCUCCUUUUUUAUUUUCCCUCUUGAUGAUGGCAAAUGUUCUUGUUCUUCAAGCUGCUCUCUUCGGCUUUCUUAAUUCUUGGGUUACCUCUUUAUUCCUUGUAGCGUAAUAUUAAUAUUGUACAAAACAAAGCAAACCCAUCUUUUUCACUUUUUUGUGCUUUGUUUCUGAUUGUGCUACACACAUAUAUAUAUAUACUUCACAAGAUGAUGAGUAUAAUGAGAAGCACAUCAAAAGGACGCCGCGUAUUCACAGAAGAUAAUAGCAACAAACGUGGACAGAAAUUCGACAGGCUAAAGAACUCCGAAAGAGAUCUCGAGGUCGAAGAAGAUAAGCUUAUUAUUCAUCGUCGUGGACACAGCGAUACUUCUGCAGGGCCAACGAGUCCACCUCGCUUCGAUGUUGACACCGACCCUCUAAUGGUGUUGGACACUGCUGGUCCCUACGAUUUGUCCAAUACUAAUUCUCCUUUCACCAGGUCUCCUUGGUCACGUCACAUGAAUUCUUCAUCUCCUCCUCCUCCUCCUCCUCGUGCUACUCCUCCUUCACCUCCUCAUCAUUAUUCUCACUCUGCUGAUGAAAGUAAUGCCUCACCAAACGCAUUGAUCGGCUCGCUGAUUCGUGAGGAAGGUCAUAUAUACUCGCUGGCCGUGGCUGGCGAGUUGUUGUACACGGGGUCAGAUAGCAAGAACAUUCGGGUUUGGAAGGAUCGGCAAGAGUUCUCGUCAUUCAAAGCGAAUUAUGGGUUGGUUAAAGCGAUUGUGGUUGGUGGGGAUAAGGUGUUUACGGGUCAUAAUGAUGGGAAGAUUCGAGUUUGGAAAGUGUCUAAAAAGAAUGGAGGCAUUCACAAACGCAUAGAUACUAUACCAACUCUGAAGGAUUAUCUCAAAGGCUCAAUGAAUCCGAAGAAUUUCGCAGACGAUCAGAGACGUAGUCGUAAAGUGUUAUGGAGCAAACACUACGAUGCCAUCUCGAGCCUUGGCUUGAGCGAUGAUGGAACCUUUCUUUACUCAGCUUCAUGGGACAAAACGUUUAAAGUGUGGCGAGUCUCGGACUUCAAGUGUUUAGAAUCAAUCAAUGCUCACGAUGAUGCUGUUAACUCCUUGGUUGUGAGCCUCGAUGGCUUAGUAUUCACAGGCUCAGCUGAUGGUACCGUGAAGGUUUGGCGUAGAGAGUUACAAGGGAAAGGAACAAAGCAUUUCUUUUCACAGACGUUGCUGAAGCAAGAGUGUGCGGUGACAGCAUUGGCGGUGAACUUCCCUGAGGUCACAUUUCUUUACGCUGGCUCAUCAGAUGGGAUUGUUAAUUUCUGGGACACUGAGAAGUCUCUCUCGCACGGUGGCGAUUUGAAAGGCCAUAAAUUGGCAGUGUUAUGCUUAGCCACAGCUGAGAAUUUAGUGUUCAGUGGCUCCGCUGACAUGGGGAUAUGCGUGUGGAAGAGAUCGGAGGAAGCAGAGCACACAUGCUUGUCAGUGUUAACGGGGCACACCGGUCCCGUUAAGUGUUUGGCUGUGGAAAAGGAUCCUGAAUCCACAUCCACCGAGCAACGGUGGAUUGUGUAUAGUGGCAGUUUGGACAAGUCCGUGAAGGCAUGGAAGGUUUCGGAUCAAGCACCUACAAUGGCAAAUAAUAAGGACGAUGAACAACACAACAGUAAGCCCACUGUUAACACAGCUCCAGGCUUCUCCUCUCGUGGCAAAAUGGGCUCAAGAAGAUAAUAGGUGAAAGUUUUACUUGUGUGCAUUUGCUUCAUGUCAUAUCAACUAUGCCGACUAUGCAUAAAUUAAUAAGCUAACAUAUAUAUAUAAUUAGAUUUUGUUCAUGAUGGUCGUCAAUUUGAAUGUAUAACCU